AAAUCGGUGUUAACAGUAAUAUUGUUAAUCAAGUGACAAGUUGUGAACCGAAAAGUGGGUCUCAUUUGUAGUAAUUUAAGCAAAUGUUUGUCUCUUGAAGAGAGCGCUUUUGAUAUCGCAUAUCAGAUAAGAUAAUUGACUCUAAAAUAAAGUUUGGAUAACAGAUAGAGAGUGAGAGUCAGUGUCUGUAUUUUAAAUAGAGUGUUAUAUAUAGAGUACACAUCUGGGAGUCAUUCACAUCACUCCUCACAAUGAGUUCUAGAAAUCAUUUCAAUAAUAAUUAUAACAAUAACGACGAGAAUACUGUGAAACUGAGGCGAACUAAUUCAGUGACCAGACUCUCGGAGAUCAAGGACUCAGAACGCAAGGCCAGGAAACAACAGGCAGACCAACCAGUUCACGAGCCGAAGGACUCACUGUUCAGUUCGUCCAGCGGUUACACCAACUAUAGAGGACUUCUCAAUCUCUGCAUUAUAUUACUCGUGCUAUCGAACGCGAGGGUCGCUCUCGAGAAUAUUAUAAAGUAUGGCAUUUUAGUGGAUCCGCUUCAAUGGAUCAAAUUAUUCAUUGGCAAACCGAAUGCGUGGCCGUCCUGUCAGCUCAUACUGAGCGCCAAUAUCUUUAUUUUGAUCUCCUUUUUCAUCGAACGCUUAUUCGCGGCUAAUAUAUGGCGAGAAGUGGUCGGCGGGACAGCAGUGGUGGUGAAUGUGAUCGCAAUACUGGCUUUGCCGCCGAUUGUCAUCAAUUCCGUUCCGUGCAAUCCUAUCGGCGCUUCCAUAGCCUGCGGUCUCUAUUCAAUUGUCAGCUUAAAACUCGUUUCCUAUCAUAUGGUUAACUACUGGUGCAGAAAGAGAAGCGCCAAAAAGCUAUCAAACGCCGGCUCUCAUACCCGGCGCCGAUCUUUUACCUCAAAAGAUCUACAAAAGACAGUACAAAAUGGUUCAGCAAUUAGUGAUUCGCGACAUAUUUUGGUAGAAUAUCCAAAUAAUUUAAAUGUUGUUGAUUUAUAUUACUUUAUGUUUGCGCCGACCCUUUGCUAUGAAUUGAAUUUCCCUCGAAGUGAAAGAAUCCGCAAACGAUUUCUUAUCAAAAGAAUACUCGAAAUCUUAUUUUUACUGCAAUUGGAUCUGGGAUUGAUUCAACAAUGGAUGGUUCCCACAAUCCAUAACUCACUUAAACCGCUACAAGAAAUGCAUUUCUCAAAGAUGUUGGAAAGACUUCUCAAACUAGCGGUACCAAACCAUUUAAUUUGGCUCAUAUUCUUCUACUGGUUUUUCCACUCUUGUCUCAACACAAUCGCAGAGAUUUUGCGCUUUUCUGACCGCGAAUUCUAUAAGGACUGGUGGAACUCAGAAUCUGUGAACUAUUUCUGGAAGAACUGGAAUAUGCCGGUCCACAAGUGGUGUGUCCGACACCUGUAUAAACCGCUCAUUAAUCGAGGUGUGAAUAAAUUUCACGCAUCGGUUAUGGUGUUCAUGUUGUCGGCCUUUUGGAUCUGGGAUUGA